GGCGGCGACGCUGAGCGGAGCUCCGCGCUCAGCCGCCCGGCCGGCGGCACCGCCCCGCGAUAUCUGGUGAGCGGUGUCUAGGCCACGAUGAAUCGCUGAGAGCCCACUGGCGAGCCAAAGGAUGGAGAAGUGUGGCCGGUCUCCUGCCUCCGAGUGGCCCAGGGAGCGUCAGGGAGAAGGGACACCGGGGCCUGCCCCCCUUGAAUGUUCCCGGGGCCUCGAAAGAAUCUCCAGUUUGGCCCAAGCCACUGGGACCCUGGUGGAGAGCGAGGAUGGGACAGAAGCCGGGGAAGGAGAGGGAGACAGCCGGCACGGAGCUGCCUUCUACCCAGCCGGAAGCCCAGGCGCCCUGAGCAUGGAGGAGCCCCUGGAAACAGGAGAACCCUGUAUUGGAAGCAGUUUCUCGUUGGAUUCCAGCUUGGAUGCGGAGGGGCCACCCCAUCCUGUCCCGGGAGGCGCACUCCCCGUCACCACUCACCGGAACAGCAACUGCUCCCAGGAAGGAGGCAGUGCGGAAUUCCAGAAAGGCUCACUGCUGCUGCAAAGCCGGUUCCCGGGCUUGGCAGAUGGGAGGAGUAGCCGGGUCUCCAGCGGCAGCCUGUCAUGGGAGUGCUCCCUGCGUGAUAUGAGAGGGGACACCACCAGGGAAGAAAGCACUUUAGAGAGACUGCCUGGUUCCAGGGAGCCCUUGAGCUUGAAGGAAGCACAGCUGGGGGCUCCCUUCUGUUCUAAGGAGGCCUCCUUCAUGGGGGAAUCCCCGACUGUGAAUACUGUGAAAAUGAACCCCGAGCUGGAGGGUGAAUCAGAAUUGUUGGGCCCUCGGGAGGCUCCAGCAGAGACUUGUAGUGUCUUGGGAAGCCGGGAGGAUAGACAUGCCCACACUGAACCAAAGCAACAUGACGCCUUCCACAAAGAGCACUUAGAGAAGAGCAAGAAGGGUAUCCAGAGGUUCGACUGGAUUUCAGAUCCAGGCGAGGGGCCCCACUACAAGGAGAAGAGCAAAGCUGUGGAGGCUGGGGGGGGAGAAUCGAUCCGAGCCCAGGCCCUGAUAGAAAUGCCCCCGCAGUUAGCACUCCCGGUUUUCAGGAAAACAGUAACCCCUAGCGGGAGCAAGACCCAAACAAUGGAGGUCGUGCCGGCUCCUCAAAGGAAAGGGCCGUCGGUGGUGGACUCGGAGCUGACCGAGUUAGGCCCGCUCGGAGCCCCCGAGUGGACCCUGCAGAAGGCGGGCCUGCAGCCUGGGGCUGAGCUGGCCAUAGGCAAGCAGUCUUGGAUGGUCAAUGCUGAGGAUUCGGUGGAGCGGGUCCAGCCUGGGUCUCUGGAGGCCACGUCCUGCGGUGCCUACGACUUGGAGCUGAGGCCCUACGUGUGCGAUGUCUUGCUGGAGGACCCGGCAAAGGAAGACCUGGCCCAAGAGGAAGAUCCCACCGUGUACACCUGUAUCGAGUGCAGCAUCUACUUUAAGAAGAAGGAGCACCUCUUGGAACACAUGAUGCAGCAUUCCCGGGGGCCUGGGCAGGAUCCUGAGGGCGAGUCCCUAGUGGGGCAGUGUCCAUUUUCUUGCAGCGAGUGCGGCUGGGCGUUCGGGGACCCCGGCUCCCUGGAGCAGCACCGGCGGCUCCACCAGGAAUCUCGGGAGAAGAUCAUCGAGGAAAUCCAGAAGCUGAACGAAUUUCCCGACGAGGGGCGGGAGGCCCGGCUGCAAUGCCCCAAGUGCGUGUUUGGCACCAAUUCCUCCAAGAUCUUCGUCCAGCAUGCCAAGAUGCAUGUCAAGGAGAGGAAAGAUCAAGGAGCCAAGCCCCUGAGCCUGUUUGGCUCGGCUAGUGAGGUGCGGGAGAGCCCCGGAUCGCCGGUGUACAGGCACUUCAAGCCCAGCGAACUCGGGCCUGCUCUGGUGCAGCCUCCUGGCAGCGGUCGAGGCCUCGGCGCCUGCAUCCUCUGUGGGUUCCCCGCUCCCAGUGAGAGCAUUUUGAAGGAACACAUGAAGUAUGCUCACUCUCACCCCUCCUGGGAUGCCGAAGCAUUCGAGGAGGACCCUGAUCGGCCCGGGACGAGCCGGGACGCCUACAGCUCUGCCCGACUGGUCAGGUUUCCGGAAGCGGACUAUUUCGGCAAGGCGGACCGGCUCUUUGCUCCGGCUCGCCGAGAUACCAGCUCGGCCCCUUAUGAUCCUGCCCGUGGCUUCGGUCCGGGCCACCAGAGACAGGAGAAAAGCAGCGGAGGGAAGAAGGACUACCCGGCAGCAGGGUUCCAAGCCAAGAAGAUGGCACCGUUCAGCUCCGCCCACCGGAACUCGGGAAUGUCGGCCUGUUCCUCAGCCAAAAUGUACACCCGCUACUCCUUGCCUCAGGGUAAAAAAACCAGCACGGUUCUCCUGAAAGAGGUGGAGGGCGACGGCUUCCGGACCCCCGCAGGUGGGUUGGAGGAGUUAAGAUCGCCUUGGGCUACCACCCAUGACUUUGGGAACAUGGAAGAGGAAAUUUCCUUAACCACGGAGAUUGACUUAACGGAGAACCGAAGCUUUAAGCCCUUCGUCAUCCCCCAGUCAGCACUGGACCUCAAGAGGACUUUCCGUGACAUCUUGAAGGCCACGGAGUCCUCCGAAGCAUUGGGAGCACAGAAGCAGCAGCUCCGGAAGAUGCUGCCCAUUGUCCUCCUGGAGGAGAUUAACUUGCGGCCCAAGAAGUCGAAACCUAGGCCCAAGAGCCAGAUCUUCAAGAAGAGAGGAGCUUUGCCAACCAAGGAGUUUGUGGUGGACGAAGCCCUCCCCUUGGACAUUCUCCUGCUCGAACCCCCGCUGGAGGGCCCUCUGGGCAUCGACGACCUCUUUGACGUGGAUUCCCCCAUGCUGAAGAAUGAAGAGAGGAAGUGCCCUUAUUGCCCGGACAGGUUUCACAAUGGGAUUGGUCUUGCCAAUCACGUACGGGGUCACCUGAACAGGGUUGGGGUGAGCUACAAUGUGCGGCAUUUCAUCUCCGCCGAAGAAGUGAAAGCUAUUGAGCAAAAAUUUUCCUUCCAAAAGAAGAAGAAAAAAGGUAUUGCCAACUUUGACCCUAGCACAUUCAGCCUGAUGAGGUGUGAAUUCUGUGGGGCUGGCUUUGACACUCGGGCUGGCCUCUCCAGCCACGCCCGGGCCCACCUACGGGACUUCGGCAUCACCAACUGGGAGCUCACCAUCUCACCCAUCAACAUCCUUAAGGAACUCCUGGCCAACUCAGCCGAGCGCCCAGCCCUGCCGCCCGUGGCCGAGGGGGAGCCCGCAUCUCCCAGCCAGGAGCGGGAGGCCCUUGGCUUUGACCCCAAGAGCCUGACGCCCAUGUCCGAGGGCAGUAUGCCCCGUUCGCCGCUGUCCCCGUACCCGCCGGCCUGGGGCGAUGAGUCGGUGCAGUCCUACCGAGACGGUAAGGGAUACUGA